AUGGAAGGCCCUAUCGAGGGCCUUCUAUUGGGUGGCGAAGUGGAGCAGCGCCACCUUGACGAGACGGAGCCCGAGAAGACGGUCCAGUUCGAAUACAUCCCCGACGAGCAGGUGCGCGAGGCCGCAAUCAAGUCUUGCCAACCGGAGCCCGACGAUUCUCCGCCCGCCACCGAGUACACUACCGCUUGCGAAGACGCGGCCAUCACUGAAGUCCAGCGCUCGGAGAUCCGCAACGGUUCCCAGAGCGACACGGACGUCGACAAGGAGAAGCGCGACGGCGGCGGCGGACAGCCGGCCGCCGAGCCGUGUCCGCCGGCCGUGAAGAACACCGACACGAGCACUCUGGCCGCCCAGCCCGCCGCCAGCCACAACACCAAGUCGGAGGAGAAGACGGCCUCGACCACCAUCGUCAAGGAGGCAGCUUCGGAGAGGGUCGCCAGCAUCAACAACAACCAGGACCCUGCUUGGAACGAUUUGUACAAAUCCUUCUACGACGAAGACGACCGGAAAGACGAAUCGAAGAUGGAGCAGGGAGAGAAAACAGGCGCUUCGUCUGCGAACAGCGUCAUCACUGGCGACGAGUUGAAGGAGGACGGAGGCGGACAGCCGGCCGCCGAGCCGUGUCCGCCGGCCGUGAAGCACACCGACACGAGCACUCUGCGCACCCAGCCCGCCACCGCCAUCCGCAACCCGAAGCCGGACGAGAAGACGGCCUCCACCACCGUCAUCAAGCCCGCGUCGGAAAUCGUGUCCAACACCAGCAACGAGGACGCGGCCAUCACUGAAGUCCAGCGCUCGGAGAUCCGCAACGGUUCCCAGAGCGACACGGACGUCGACAAGGAGAAGCGCGACGGCGGCGGCGGACAGCCGGCCGCCGAGCCGUGUCCGCCGGCCGUGAAGAACACCGACACGAGCACUCUGGCCGCCCAGCCCGCCGCCGCCAUCCACAUCGCCAAGUCGGAGGAGAAGACGGCCUCGACCACCAUCGUCAAGGAGGCAGCUUCGGAAAGCGUCGCCAGCAUCAACAACAACAAGGACCCUGCUUGGAACGAUUUGUACAAAUCCUUCUACGACGAAGACGACCGGAAAGACGAAUCGAAGAUGGAGCAGGGAGAGAAAACAGGCGCUUCGUCUGCGAACAGCGUCAUCACUGGCGACGAGUUGAAGGAGGACGGAGGCGGACAGCCGGCCGCCGAGCCGUGUCCGCCGGCCGUGAAGCACACCGACACGAGCACUCUGCGCACCCAGCCCGCCACCGCCAUCCGCAACCCGAAGCCGGACGAGAAGACGGCCUCCACCACCGUCAUCAAGCCCGCGUCGGAAAUCGUGUCCAACAUCAGCAACGAGGACCCUGCUUGGAACGAUUUGUACAAAUCCUUCUACGACGAAGACGACCGGAAAGACGAAUCGAAGAUGGAGCAGGGAGAGAAAACAGGCGCUUCGUCUGCGAACAGCGUCAUCACUGGCGACGAGUUGAAGGAGGACGGAGGCGGACAGCCGGCCGCCGAGCCGUGUCCGCCGGCCGUGAAGCACACCGACACGAGCACUCUGCGCACCCAGCCCGCCACCGCCAUCCGCAACCCGAAGCCGGACGAGAAGACGGCCUCCACCACCGUCAUCAAGCCCGCGUCGGAAAUCGUGUCCAACAUCAGCAACGAGACUCCUACCUCGUCCCCGAAAAGCGUGCUCUCGUCCACUCUCGGCGGCGGCAACCAGGGCAAGCAGAUGAAGAAGAAGAAGAACGGAUCCCCGCGCUCUUCCAAGGACUGCUCUUCUUCGAAGUCGACGGCCAAGCAGCGCUCCUCGAAUUCUUCUUCUGCCAAGUCCACCCCGGCUCGGUCGCAAAAGUCUGCCAAGUCAUCUACGUCCGGGACGUCGCGUCGUUCUUCUAUGCGCGGAUCCAGCUCGACCAGCACUAAGAAGACGCCGAAACGCAGUUCCGACGAGCGCGCCAAGCCGAACAACAAAAACGAGCUCGGCACGCCGUCCAUCUCGUCGGCAACGUCUACAUGCAAGGAGGCCAGCUACGCCGAGCCCCCCGGCGACGACAAGGACACGGAGGGGCAGGACCAGGAGGGGCGCUGUGUCGCCUGCAAGCCGGGAGCAAAGGCGAAACCCGUCUCCCUCCGUUACUCGGUCCCAGCCUGUGUCGACCACAACAAGCGCUUUGGGCAGCUGGCCGCCAUGGUGGAGGAGGAUGAUCGCUGCCCGGCAUAUUGUACAGAUCGCAAACCGUGCUACGCUUGCCGGUACGAUAACUUCGUCGAGCUCGGCUUCAAAAUGCCGGAGGACGAG